CCAGGCAAGGCGAUGUUUCUUUCAUCAGCGUGAACUGUCAACCAGAUCUUCCUGGAAGGAUGAUCUAUAUUUACUCCAUUCGCAGCCUGCAACUUCAUCUUCACCUAAGCUGAAUGACUCAGACUUCGGGUGAAACGAGAAGAAUAGGGAAGUGGCCGAUUUAUGAAGAUACCUGGGGUUGAUGACCGACUGCACAGCAGCUCAGGGGCACGUUCCUUAGCAUGGACGUGCGUUGUCCCCGUGAGUCGCGAAUAUGUGGUGCUGUAGAAAGGAUGUCUGUGGGUAUCUGCGGGGGCACACAGCAAUUCACUUCCUUCAGAGCACAGGGAGAAGAUACGCUUCAGUUGCGACGUAGGAAGAGCGUUCAGAAGGAUAAAAGCAGCAUUGUUCGGGCUGCUAAAACAUUCCGGGCAGAGCGCUCCAACAGGGAGACUUCUGUCCCGGCAACUACGUGUUCUGCGCUCAUUGUCUUGCUUCGCCCUUACAAGAAACGUGCGGCAUUUCCUUAUUAUUUAAAGGAACCGGGCGAGUAGCGAAAGUGAAAAUCACUUUAUCCCAGCCCAGAUGCCUCGUCCUCACUCCAAUGAACCCCGCCUUGCGCUCCUGCCCAUUCUCCGCAGGUCGUGCCGCUUUGGAAAGCCGAUGUCGCACGUGUUCCGCGGCCAGGAGUGCGCGGGGAGCCACGAAGAAGAUGAUAAGAAGGUGAGGAGGAGAGAAAAGAACCGAGUCGCCGCACAGAGAAGUCGGAAGAAACAAACGCAGAAAGCGGACAAACUUCACGAGGAAUAUGAAUCUCUUGAGCAAGAAAAUACCUCUCUGAAAAAAGAAAUUGGAAAGCUAACAGAUGAAAUGAAACACUUGAGUGAAGUGUUGAAGGAUCACGAAAAGAUCUGUCCACUAUUGCACUGCACCAUGAACUUUGUGACCGUCCCAAGGCCUGAUGCACUCAGCAGCUGCCUGCCCAGAUGAGACAUCUCCUCAACCGCUGUGAAUUGUGAUGUGUGAAAGUGCCUGUAAAAUGGGAAAUGUGAAGAACUGCCUGCUUAAGGUGCAGAUCUACCCUUGGAAGGGCUGGACUUGCCCACACAGCUCUUCUCCACGUGUUUCAGUUUUCUGAAUGUCGGGAAAACAUCAGUAUAGGAAAAAAGACGGCUUGAACAACGACUCCUUUCUUUCAUAGAAUCUCCGAGCCAUGAUUUUGCGUUCAGAAAUAUCAUGGUGCAAUGCAGCCCACCAUCGCUCAAUGGAAUGUAGAUAGGGAAAACUACCAGCCUUGGGCUGAGAUGCCUUUCUCCCACACACUCAGCACUAGCAACCCUUUGUCAGUUGUCAUCCUUUUGUAUCAGAUUCUGGCUGCUGUUUUGUUUUUUGGUGUUGUUUUUUCCUCUAAACAUAUUUGGCUAAUAAAAAGUGAUAGUGAUGUUCUGUCUUUA